CACUUCUGUGAUGCGGCUUCCAACCCGUUCCGAGUUUAAGGCCCGAUUGGCACACCCCAAGCAGCUGAUAAAGUUUACAUAUAUUUUGACCUGAUUUCUGACCGCACUCCCAUCGCCGGUUAGAUUUUUGGAUUCACCAGGGUUAUCUCCCUGCUUCACGCUCAAUGUUCGACACACCGGCGGACAACUUAACACCGGAAAGUGUGAUGAAGGACCAGCCGAGUCUACUUCGAAACGAAAAAAUUUGGAGCCCCGCUCCUUCAGGGGUUAAUCCUUUUGCAUAUCUCAUGAAUCGGAGCGCUUCUGUGGGCUCAGCACCGAUGUCCGGACUCACCAAAGCUCUCUUGAUAGUUUUUUUCAUCAUUCAUCUGAUAAUUGCGAUAUUCUGCUUGGUCAUCCUCGUGCUACCAUGUUUGCGAGGGUCAAGACGAUCUCAUUGGCUUUUCAGGAGGUUAUACAUCAGGGAUCAAUCCUCUGUGGCAAACGUUUCCAGAGCCCCUUUGUUCUGGCUCAAUGGUGGGAUCGUGAUGACCGCAUCCCAGCUGAUGGGCUCUCUGGCCACUGGAGCAUACAUCUUGGUGCAGUUCAUGAUUACGCAUUCAGCCAAGUUCGCUCUUCAUGCCCAGGUGGAGCCUGCUUUGGCAAUGAUGUGCGUGUGCGAAAUGCUUACCUACUGGAGUCAAAUGCAUUGUUUCGUGGUCGCAAUUUACUAUAACCAUAGGGCUGUUGCGAAUCGCGCUAGGAGAUGGACGCCAUCACCGACCUUCAUCAAUUUCUUGUUUCUUGGUUUCCCGAUAAUCCUCGUCAUUACGGCUCUUGCACCAGUGAUCGGGUUAUCCUUAAUUCAUAGACAACUUACUGCUAGGGUCCUUCAGACAUUUGACACUUUGAUGAGUGGCUCGCUCAUUUGGGAGCAAAUGAGAGUGUCGACGUCUGAAAAAGAAAAAUACCAGCUUACAGCCCAGCUAACUCAAGUCGUAUCUCAAGCAAAAACCCUCGGCGAUGAAGUCGGAAUCCGUGUUGAACGUCUCAAAACUUGUUUUUACUCUUUCCUCUGGGAUAUGUUAGCUCAACUUUGUAUAACUAUCAUGCUUUUUUUCUUUGUAUUUUCGAUAUUCCUGCACAAAGUGCAACAAAAGGAAGGUCAACCGGAGAACGAUUCACAUAAAUCGAGUUCCUUUCGUCGCUGGUUUAAGAAAGAUCUACCACCCACGAGUGAAACUAAGCCCAUGGAUCCUCCAAACGAGAACCAGGAGCAAUUCAGUAAUACCAGCCGAGUUCUGAUCAACCGCCAGCUGGCGUACCUCGUUCUUAGGGCGCUAUUUAUAAUUAUCGCGAUUGCUACCAGCAUAACCCUAUGCAUUUUAGGGAUAUUGAGGACACAUGAUGGUACUAGCCAAAGCCCUUAUUGGCGGGCGGUGAUGACGUGGCUACCGCCUUUGGCUGGCACAUGGUCAGCCUUCCCAAUUGCCUGGCAAUGUUGGGGGUUAUACAACGAUGAAUUGGGUGGAAGCCCUCGAACUUCAGCAAAUUCCAAAAAUGCUCCUUCGGCGGGGGAAACGAUCCAAAAAAACACUAUCCAACCCGAACAUUGGGAAUGCGAGUUGGAAGAAAUUGAAAUUCGAGCUUCUCCGAUGAUAAUUAAUCCUCAGUGAAUUUGGCACUGUGUUCUAAAUUUUCUCUUCCGAAUCCAAGUCGUCAAUUUAUUAUUCUUAUUAUUUUGGUUAGUGCUUCCCCAGAGGGAAU